AUGGCAAGGAAAAGAGCUAAAGGAGACGCACCGUGUAAAAUAAAAAGCAACAGCACGUUGACUGUCGAGCACGGGGGAAAACCGAACGAUAUCUUCACAAGAUAUGCGGGUUUUACUCGAAAUUCAGACAGGUGGAUUCCACCGACUACAAGAAAUCAACGCCAAAGUUCUAGCUCAAGCUCAUGUUCAAGUUCAAGUACAUCACCAAAUAAAGAAGAAUCAAGACCCUCGGAGGCGUCUGAUCAAGCAACGGAUACGUGUGGCAAUACCGAAGCCGAACCUCUACGGUCUGGCAGUCGUAGCGCCGGAAAGGAGAUUGCCAAAGGCUCCAAUUAUCGUAUAGAGACUGAAUAUCUGCCGAGUUCUGCGACUCAUGCCUCUUUCGGGUUUGAUAACUGGAAUCACGUUGUCUUGACACAGCUUCCCGAGAAGAUCAAGGACGGCAUUCGAACCCUCUUGGAAAAGGGCUGGGAACCAGGCAUACGAAGAGAAGGUAUAUGUUACGAUGACGAACGGUACUUCUUCAAACUCAACAGAAGACCAUUCACUAGUGGGAACACAUAUGAGGUGACUCGUAUGGUUCGAAACGUGAUUGCGUAUCUGGCUUCUGAGUCUUGGUUGGUACAACCGGUUCCAUUGCUAUUGAGUCCGUACGACACAUUGAACUUUCGCAAAUGUCCCAAGCCUCUUCCAAAAUGUUACUGGCUUGCUAUCACCUAUGGAUUCGCAGGAAGGUGGCAUAUCAGAGAUCAAUUGUGUGUGUUGGGGGGAGCAGACGAACUUAUCAACACUAUUAGACUCACGUUACGAGAAAUGAAGCUUGUCUCCAAGCUCAAGAAUGAAGACUAUGAUUCUGUGAAAGGUUGGCACCAGUUCCCUGUCAAGGGCUCUUUUCUUCGCGAAGGAGGCUGGGCACGGAAAAAGAUAAUGUUGCUGAGGUUGAUGGAAAGACUAGAGGAACGUGGUUGGGUCAUCUAUGUUGGUUAUCAUCGAGUUUAUCACGCUAAUAGUGAUAUUGAGAAGAAGGUGGGAACUUGGAUUUGUGUGAAGAGUCGCGAGUGGACGUCAACAAAUCCGGUGAGGAUUUCCUGGAACAAUUGA